AUGAGCAAUUCAUUUUAUAAGCAAAGGUGUGGAAGAAUAAUAAAUAUAGCACCUAUAGGCUGCAAAUAGCAUCAACGUGCUUUAAUGUUCUAAUAUUUAAGAAUGCUCAUAUUGACGAUCAUUUAUUUAGCUAUUCUCGUCAGGAAUUUCAUCUCAAAAAAAUAUGAUGUUAAUGACUAUUAGAAUUACCUACUUUUUAUACCUCCUGCAUUAUUUUUUACAAAUUGGAUUUGCGAUAGACUCUUUUUUUCUAAGAGAUUCGAUAUUGAUUUUUCUCCUUUAAUUAUUAUUUACUUCAUUGUUCCUUAUGUUGCGAUAUGUAGAAAUAAUUGGUAGUCUGAUACACUUUCUUAUUCAAUAUUAAUGAUUUGGAGCAUAAAUAUAGUAUUUAGUAGAAGCUAAGUGGCUUCCUUUUUGGGCUGUGCAAUUGGACUAUUUGCAUUGAUUUAUCAAGGGUGGUAUUACGAUUAUCACGAAAUAAUUGUUGGGAUUGGCUUUUUAUCUUGCUUUUUGAAUUGGGAAUUAAAUAAGCAAUAAGUAGGCCAAAAAUUAUAUAUUUAGUAAAUUAGUAAGAAAGUUGAAACCAAAUACUUGCAAAAUCAAAAGCAAAUUAAGAUGAUUGUAGAAGUGGAUAAAAAUUACAACCCAACCAACCAGAAAACAAACGAUAUAAAAUUACUUUACAUAAGCAGCAACGAUUAAAAUGAACAAUUUUUUGGUAGUAUAGAUCCAAUUCCUUUUAUUAGAAAUUGUUGGGUUUCAUCAAAGAAGAAAAAGUCUUUUCUUCAGCAGUUAAUCACCUCUCAUCUAGAAUCAAAAAAUCAAGUUUCAAGCACUUUCAAAGUAAGGUAUGUGAAGGGUAUUAAACCUGUAAUGAUCAAUGCUUCAUUAACAGAGCAAGAAGAAUUAGAAUUAAUUUAAUUAGAUGCAAAUUAAGAAAAUCAAUAAUAAAAAUAGAAUAUCCAAACUUAAAGUGCUUCGAAAUCAGAAAUAAAUUUUUCUAAUGCCUUAUCAAACUCAGUUAAUUAAACCAUUAAAUUUACAUUCCUAGUGAACCAAGAAAUAGAAGAGCGCUAGUAUUGGAAAUUUUGCCAAAAAUAUCAAUAGAAACUAUUGCAAAACAUAUUGCGUAAGAGCAUGGUCAACAUGCAAAAAAUAGUUAAUAUAUUAUCUCCGAACUGA